CAGGGCUGCUAAAGUGCCUAGUGCCAAAACCAAGUUUCCCCUCGCGUAAUCAUGCUCUUGGCAGCAAGCAACGUUUAUAAAUGCUGUUAUGGUAUACCCUCAAUAUGAUUCAGAAUGCAAGCCAACUAUGCCUACCGAGCGGUACUAUUGUAAGAAUCACCUUUAAUAUCUACCAUACUGUCAAUACAAUUGGGUUUGUUUUCGUGAACAUAACAUACUGCCAUUUGUACCGAAACAUUUCUUGCAAUAGAAGCAGGAUUCCUCGCGAGGAAACAUUUUUUUGGCGCCAGUGACUUGAUCGAGCAAAUGGAGGAGUCCCGUGAGGAGAGGGGGAGGAGGAUUCACUGUGCAAUGACACGCAGGCCAACACCCUUGCCUCCCUCAUCUCGCCGAGCGUUCGACGGCACCUG